UAGCGAUUAGCACACGGAUUUUAGUGGUCGUGAUUUGGGAGAUCUAUUAAAUGUAAUCUAGUCAUCAAGUGAAAUCAAAAUCUGAAACAUUAAAUUUGAAGAAGAUGCAGGAUGACGCGCGCUACCUCAAACGCAAAGUGACUGCGGGCAGUUUGGAUGUCCAUCCCACAGAGAAGGCCCUCGUGGUCCACUAUGAGGUGGAAGCAUCUAUACUGGGAGAGGGUGGAGGUCAUAUGCUGGGAGAACGAAAGGAGGGACAAAAAAUUAUCCGAGUGAAAAGUUUAUCUCCCAGUACAGAUGUGGGAGCUUUGGCCAAGAAAGUGGUGGAGGAGUGUAAACUCAUCCCUCCUUCCCGUUUGCCCCAAGUGGAGCAGCUCCUCUACUACCUGCAGAACAGGAAAUCUUCCCCCGUCGAGGGCAAAAUGGAGAAGAAAGAGAAACGAACUGUGAAACCGAGAGAGCUGACACCGUUUGAAGGAAUGGAGUUAAAUGAAGAGGCCAAUAUAACCAGAGUGGAUGAGUAUAUUGAGCUGCUGUAUGAAGGCAUCCCAGAGAAGAUUCGCGGCUCGGCUCUCAUUCUGCAGCUCGCCCGCAACCCUGAUAACCUGGAGGAGCUGCUGCAGAACGAGGCAGCUCUAGGUGCUUUGGCCAGAGUGCUGAGGGAGGACUGGAAACAGAGCGUAGAGCUUGCCACCAUCAUCAUUUACAUCUUCUUCUGCUUCUCCAGUUUCUCCCAGUUUCACGGAGUGGUGAGUCAUUAUAAAAUCGGUGCUUUGUGUAUGAGCGUGGUGGAACAUGAGCUGAAGAGACAUGAUGUUUGGCGUGAGGAGCUACGCAAGAAAACCAAGGCUUGUGAGUCAGCACCAGAUAAUGGCUCUCUGAGAAGAGACCAGGACAAAGCUGUGAGAAAAUACCAUGGUCUUCUGGCUAAACAGGAACAGCUGCUCAGAGUGUCUCUUUACCUGCUGUUGAACCUUGCUGAGGACACAAGGACAGAGCUGAAGAUGAGAAACAAAAACAUUGUUGGUCUGCUCGUCAAAGUUCUUGAGCGGGAUGAUGAGGAGCUGCUGGUCCUGGUGGUUUCAUUUCUCAAGAAAUUGUCAAUCUUUCUGGAAAACAAGAAUGACAUGGCUGAGGUGGAUACUGUGGAGCGAUUGGCUCGGCUGGUUCCCUGUGACCAUGAAGACCUGUUGAACCUGACUCUGCGUCUGCUGCUCAACCUCUCCUUCGACUCUGGACUCAGAGCCAAGAUGGUGGAAGUUGGACUGUUACCUAAAUUGACUGCUUUAUUGGCAGGUGAUGAGAACAACCGUCAGGUUGCCAUGCGCAUCCUGUAUCACAUCAGCAUCGACGACCGCUUUAAGGGCAUGUUUGUUUACACUGACUGCAUACCUCAGCUAAUGCAAAUGCUAUAUGAACACGGUGAGGAGGAAAUCGAAGCUGAGCUCAUCUCCAUCUGCAUCAACCUGGCUGCAAACAAGAGGAAUGCACAGCUCAUGUGUGAAGGAAAUGGGUUAAAGAUGCUUAUGAAGAGAGCUCUGAAGAUGAAAGAUUGCCUUCUGAUGAAGAUGAUCAGAAACAUCUCACAACAUGAUGGGCCAACCAAACCAGUCUUUAUAGACUAUGUUGGUGAUCUGGCAGCAGAGAUCUGUGCAGAGGAAGAGGAGGAGUGGGUUCUGGAAUGUCUGGGGACUCUGGCUAACCUCACCAUCCCUGACCUGGACUGGGAGUUGGUGCUGAAAGAGUACAACCUGGUCCCCUACCUCAAAGACAGACUUAAACCAGGCUCAGCAGAGGACGACCUCAUCCUGGAGGUGGUGAUAAUGAUAGGAACGGUUUCCAUGGAUGACGCCUGUGCCGCCAUGUUGGCGAAAUCUGGCAUUAUUCCAGCCCUUAUUGAGCUACUGAAUGCCCAACAGGAGGAUGAUGAGUUUGUGUGUCAGAUCGUCUACGUCUUCUAUCAGAUGGUUUUUCACCAAGCUACACGAGACGUCAUCAUCAAAGACACCCAGGCUCCAGCUUACCUCAUAGAUCUGAUGCACGACAAGAAUACUGAGAUCAGAAAAGUGUGUGACAACACCCUUGAUAUUAUUGCUGAGUACGAUGAAGAGUGGGGGAGAAAGAUUCAGUCUGAGAAGUUCCGUUUCCACAACAACCAGUGGUUGGAGAUGGUGGAGAGUCGCCAAGCUGAUGAGUCUGAACCAUAUCUCUAUGACAACGACAACGACAGGACCGAUCUGUUCUAUAGUGCAGAUGGAAUUACUCCAGCAGAUGGUUCAGUCAGCCCAGAUUUCUUCAGUGACCUACAGCCUCAAAAUGGAGACUUGCACCAUACAGGAGAUGGCAGUGAUGUCUUUGACCAGACCAGUUCAUCGCCUGGGAGACCAGCUACCGCCUACGGCUUCAGACCUGAUGAACAACCCUUCUAUCAGUACUCAUAGACACACACACAUACACACACACAGGACGUCCUGUCGUCUUAGAUCCAUUCCCUACUAAACAUGAUUACAUCUUUAGAUAAAACGUUCACUGCUAGAAACCCUCACGACUGAAGACAUCACAUUGGUAUACAUACUAAGAAAAUAGCUGCAGUUACAUGGACACUAUUUCUUCUGUCCGACUGGAAUCAUUCUGAUUAGAGAUUCAAAUUUUAACCGUUUACAUGGAUGCUAAAUAAGGUGAUCCGAUAAGAUGUGCGUUUAUGUGCCCAAGCGAAUUUUACCAACUUUUUUCUUUUGUGCAAUGUGGAUCCAAAUAAGAAGAGUUUUUCCAACUUUAUUGAGACAAUUCCAUUAAUUCAAUACAUAAUUAUAGAAAGACAAGAAGCAGUUACACCUGCUAAUACAUUUGAGUAGUAUGUAAUGGAAGUGUAACGCUGGUUAUUUUCUGUUGCUGUAAAUUACAGAUGUCCCCUAAACACCUCACAUGCAGUCUGUGGAUAGAUGCUUUCCUUAACAUCUCAUGCAGGCCACAGCUGCUGGUAGCAAGAGACGAUUGUUGUGUCCAGCGACUCAACAAUUCAACUUGUAGCAAUAACAUAACAUGAGGCCACUGUUUCAAAAUCAAAUACAUGUAGUAAUCCAAGCAUUCACAUGCUUAAUAUUUUUUUGAGGAGUGCAUAUGCAGCAUGUUGUGUGCAUUACAAGCACCAGCAAAGAUACCCAGUGUUACCACUACGUGAGCAAACAUGCACAGAAGAAAAAGUUUAUUCCAACCAAAUUGGACUGUAUACAAGGUUAUUAGGUGCUAAAAUAUCCAAAAGGUUUACACCACCCCUCUCAACCUGAUCGAAAAUUCCUUCAGAUCAGGCCGCAUUGGGUCAGUCUUCUCAGAUUUAGGAUGUAGCAUAAGGAAUUUUAAUUCUGAUUGGGCUACUAUUCUGAUUAUUAGUGAAAUAAUAGGAUCCAUGUAAAUGCACCUAUGUGUCAUAAAGACUGAAAUACAUAAUCCCAGCAAGGACUGAAAUACUACCACUGCAGAUUUAAAACUCACCUUUCAUUACACAUUUCAGCAAUCUAAUUAACAAAUAAUUAGUUAAGUCUUCCUCAUCCACAGGUUACAGUCUCUUAGAGUGACUUCCCAGUGGGUCAGAAAAUACCUUAAAGAAUGUGAAUGGACUUAGCAUCUCUAAUGAUAUACUGUACCAUGGUUUGUUUCUGCAUGUUUUCCUGUGUAACAAUGAAUGUUUGUUGCCUCUUCAAGUCUACAGAAACAAACAUUUAGUGAAAUGCUUUCUGACAUUCCAUUGUUAAAUGGUUUGAGAUCCACAAGUUUGACUUACCACCACGUCAGCCUGCUGAACUACAGUAUGACUAACACAGUCUGAACAUGUACAAAGCUUUCUUUUGUCCAUGUCACUGUCAAAUGGGCACAUUUUUGUUAAUGAUCCUUACAACUUAAGGUGCUUUCACACUGGCAAACUUGUCAUUAGCCCCAACCAAAGCUGACUCAAAUAAAACCAAGCUCGUUUUUAUCAGACUUCACACAGCUCCCCCUGGAGACACAAAAAGUUUUAUACAAUUUGUAUUACCAGGGUAUCUCACAUUAAUUUGUGGCAGCUUACUACAAUUAAAAGAUCUGCCGCCAUGAAUAGAUCUUAUAUUUUUGUAACAGGACUGUUCAUUAUAGAAACCCUGUUGAAAUAUAUAUAUAUAUAUAUAUAUAUAUAUAUAUAUAUAUAUAUAUUACUUUACAGUUGGGGUAUUUUUAGCGCCAUACUUACAGAGUGAAGAGUGUACUCUGGGCACAGAUGGAGCAGCAGAAUGCCAGUCACAGUGAAAGCUAAACUAAACCCUUCAUUCUACAAGGUCUUUAAGUUUGCAUUCACUCACAGCAGCUGCUCUUCUCAUGUAUCGAUCUGAUCACCUCAGAAUGGAUCGACAGAUCUGUUGUCCACCCCGCAAGUCACAAACUGCUGCUUUUUGGAACACUUUAUUUAACAAUACAACAGGACAAAUCACAUGUAAAUCAAUUAGACAAGGAAUGUACCUAAAAUGAAAAGACAGUAAAUAAAAAAUAACAGCCAUAAUAUAAAAUUACAUGAAAUAAAAUUACCCCUCCCCCAGAAAAACACAUCUUCAGGGCUGUCUUUGAGAAAAGUACAACGCACACUUUAAGGAAAAGAAUAGUGUCCCCUUUACACUGUCAUCUUUACUUUAUUAGUAAGAAAAUCAAUGCUAAGCCACAUUUAAGCUUAAUGAUGUGUUAAGCUAGGAGGGUAGUGGAAAACAGCUGCUUGUUGUUGGCUUCUUUGCAGCCCUCACAGGCAGCUGCGCUCCCCUCAACCGUGGUUACAUCUCUCUGCCAUUAUUCUCCAUUUUCCCCUUGUAUGUCAGAACACUAACCAACCUUGUCUCUAGGCAACCGUGGUAAACAGCUGAACUUUAAUGAGCAAAAUAUCACCACGUAUUGGAAAAACCAUCAGAGCAGCAGGACAAAGAGGGGCCAUCAGAUUUUUAAAAAAGCAAACCCAGUGUGAAAGUGGCCUAAGAAACAUUGGAUCCAAGUUGAAAAUGGUGCCGACUUGUGUCAGCAUAUGUCUUUGGUCAUUUUUUUGGCCACCACUCAGUGUGAUCUUUAUGUUACUGAUGUCAAACCAUAACAGUAUUACUUUUAUUCAGCGAUGAGAAAAGAAACCAUGUCACUGCACAAGAAGUAGGCCUUCUCUUUCUAACUGGAUACAAUAUGUCACUACCAUUAAUUGUAUAUAAACAUGAAUAAUGCAUGUCCACUUCUUCCUCCUGUACAAAAAUAAGGCUAAAAUAUUGGCAGCUGCCAUCUUUUGCUGGUGACGUCAUAGUGAUUGGGAAUUGCAGCCACAGUGUCAAGUUCUCAUCCAUACGUCUGUCCGACCAAUUGCGAUCAGCGCCACUAAUUUUGAGCACAUGAUUGGCUUACACAGCUGUCAGUCAUGUGUUCAAAUCCCCUAUUUAUUGCAUCAAAUAACUAAUAAAAGGCAAACUUAUUAGUAAAAAACUUUAAAAAAAGAAAAAAAGUUUCUAAGAACUACCUAAAAUCCACCUCUUAAUCUAAGGAAAAAGGUGUGUUUAUGUCCUGUACUGUUGCCAGCCACCAGGGGGCGAUUGAGACAUUUUGUCUUAACUUUUGGGAAGCUGUUUUGUUGUCCAUCUUUAUAUACAGUCUGUCGUCACUUUAAAAUGAUUUAUUGACCGGCCACUUUACACCCUUAUACUGCAUCAGGAGCGUCCACUUACAAUGUCAGCUUUAACUGCUGGAAGUCACAAGUCCUUUAAGUCAUUGCCAGCACAUGUAGCAGCUAGCAGUAGGGCCAAAAAUGCUCUGGCAGAGUACACAGGUUUCUGUUUUUUCUAAUUUCACUUAGUUUAGCUAUUAACUCUUAUUUUGUAAAGGACAUCAGAGAAACCACCUUUCAUAACUGAACUGGCUUGAAGGCUGUUAAAGUAGGAGAGGAACCUUUAGUUUUCCAUGCUUGCUGAAUUAGAAAAUACACCAAUAAUCCUCGAUGGCCCAGGUCCCAUUAUCUCAUGGCUGUUUAACCCUUAAAACCUGGAGCAACUUCACUUUUCUUGUGCCGCUUUCAGACUCCUUUCACAAAUAUUUAAACCU